UCGCAAACCGCCGGUUGGUGCUUGAUUAUCAUUUUGCUCACAUCGCAAAUUUCUUAUUAAUUUAUUUAGGUAAUUUUAUCUUAUUUUAUCUCUGGGCAAACCAGUUUACUAGAGAUUUUCAACGCAACCUGCGCAGUGCAAAAUUUUGUGGAAUUGGUGAAGUGUAUUGAACAGACAAGUCGGGUCUAUAAUGGAGAUCAACGAGAACAAUUUCGAGCGUCUAGCGAACUACUUGCAGCAAACACUUAGCCCUGAUCCAGAAGUGCGUCGGCCCGCGGAACGAUUCAUCGAAAGUAUUGAAAUCAGCCAAAACUAUCCACUGCUUUGCUUGCAUCUGAUAGAUCGAGCGACAGUGGACAUCACCAUCAGAGUUGCGGCAGCGAUUGCAUUCAAGAACUUUGUCAAACGCAACUGGGGUUAUCAUCUGGAAAACGACGGUCCGGAUAAAGUCGCAGAAUCAGAUCGGAAUGGCAUUAAGGCGAUGAUUGUUCCAUUAAUGUUAAAAUCUCCACUCUCAAUUCAAAAACAACUCAGUGAUGCCGUUAGUAUUAUCGGCAAAUAUGAUUUUCCACUCAAGUGGCCUCAGCUGAUGGACGAAAUGAUCGAAAAGUUUGCAACAGGCGAUUUCAACAUUAUAAAUGGAGUGCUCCAAACGGCCCACUCGUUGUUCAAACGCUACCGAUACGAGUUCAAGUCACAAGAGCUAUGGGAAGAAAUUAAGUUCGUCCUGGAUAAGCUCGCGAAACCGUUAACCGAUCUGUUGCAAGCGACAUUAGGUUUGGCGGAAGCACACGCAAACAACGAAGAAGCGCUGAGAAUAAUCUAUGGUUCUUUAGUACUUGUUUGUAAAGUGUUUUACUCGUUAAACUCGCAAGAUUUGCCAGAAUUUUUCGAGGAUAAUAUGGAAACUUGGAUGAAAGCGUUUCACGGUAUGCUGACAAUAGAUAUUCCGUGCCUAAAAACACCAGAUGACGAGGAUGCAGGAGUUUUAGAGCUGUUGCGUUCACAGAUAUGUGAAAAUCUUUGUUUAUACGCUCAGAAAUACGACGAGGAAUUCGGACCCUAUAUGCCACAAUUUGUUACCGCCGUAUGGGAGUUGCUGGUCAAUACCGGAAUUCAGACGAAGUAUGACACACUCGUUUCAAAUGCGUUAAAUUUCCUGAGCACAGUCGCAGAUCGCAGUCACUACAGACAUUUAUUUGAGGAUCCAAAUGUCCUUGCUAGUAUAUGUGAGAAAGUUAUCAUACCGAACAUGGACUUUCGGGUGUCCGAUGAAGAGUUGUUCGAAGAUAAUCCAGAGGAAUACAUAAGACGGGACAUUGAGGGGUCUGAUGUAGAAACACGCCGUAGAGCUGCAUGUGAUCUGGUGAAAACACUUUCUCAAAAUUUUGAGUCGAAAAUUAUAGAAAUAUUUGGCCAAUAUUUGCAAGUUUUGCUAACCAGAUUUGCAGAGAAUCCAGUUAAUAACUGGAAAACCAAAGACACAGCCAUUUAUUUGGUAACAUCAAUGGCUUCUAAAGGUCAGACACAGAAAUUAGGAGUAACCCAGACAUCCGAAUUAGUCCCGUUGCCUCAGUUCACACAGCAGCAGGUUAUUCCUGAGUUGGAACGGGCGGAUGUGAACGAAUUACCUGUUUUGAAAGCUGACGCCCUUAAAUUUCUUAUGACCUUCCGUACGAUCCUAGGGCCACAGAUCAUUGUAGCUACACUACCGCUGGUAGCAAAGCAUCUAGCUGCUGGCAAUGUAGUCGUUCAUAGUUAUGCAGCUUGCACUAUCGAUAAAAUUCUGAUCAUGAAAGGUUCAGACAAUAAAGCCAUCGUUACAAAAGAAAUUCUCGCUCCUAUAAGUGCGGAACUAAUAACUGGACUCUUUGCCGCUUUUACCGUACAAGGUUCCAAUGAAAAUGAGUACAUCAUGAAGUGCAUUAUGCGAACACUUAACACGCUACAGGAAGCUUCACUGCCAUUCAUGAUUGUAGUGCUACCUCGACUUACGGAAAUCUUAACCGUUGUAUCGAAAAAUCCUUCCAAACCGCACUUCAAUCAUUAUCUGUUCGAAACCUUGUCUCUAUCGGUGAAAUUGGUAUGCAAAGCAGAUCCUAACGCUGUCACUUCCUUCGAAGAAGCUCUGUUCCCAGUGUUUCAAGGCAUAUUACAAAACGACGUUCUCGAAUUCAUGCCGUACGUUUUCCAAAUGCUGUCGCUGUUCCUGGAAAUCCGCGAAGGUCAUCGUGCCAUACCAGACACCUAUCUAUCACUGUUUCCAUGUUUACUAGCACCGGCUUUAUGGGAAAGGCCAGGUAAUGUUACGCCGUUGAUCCGGCUGCUAUGUGCAUUUGUACGUCAAGCUUCCCCGCAAAUUAGCGCUGAUGGUAAACUGAACGGCGUCCUAGGGGUGUUUCAAAAAAUGAUUGCUUCCAAGAACAAUGAUCAUGAGGGAUUUUAUCUGCUGCAGAAUUUACUUUUGCAUUAUCCACCAGAUGAACUAGGUCAGAGUAUGCGUCAGAUCUUUUCCUUGCUGUUUCAACGGUUGAGCUCUUCUAAAACGACAAAAUUUGUACGCAGUUUCAUCGUGUUCCUAUGUUUGUAUGCUUCCCGAGUAGGAGCUCAAGCUCUUGUGCAAAUCAUCGACAAUAUUCAAUCUUCAAUGUUUGGAAUGGUCAUCGAACGUAUCUUCAUUCCCGAUCUCAACAAAGUUUCGGGCGAAUUGGAACAGAAAAUCGUGUCUGUUGGCAUUGCGAAGUUACUUUGUGAAGCACCGGAAAUGAUAGCCGAUCCGUAUGUAAAGUUUUGGCCUCAGCUGUUGCAAGCAGUGAUACAGAUUUUUGAGCUCCCUCCGGACGAAACGGCCAGCGAGGGAGAAACCUUUAUUGAAAUCGAAGACGUGCCCGGGUAUCAGGCAGCCUACUCACAGCUUAAUUUCGCGCAGGCCAAACCAAUCGAUCCACUACCGGACGUUGGUAAUAUACGCCAGUUUUUAGUGCAACAUCUCGGUAAACUGGCACAGAGUAACCCGGGCAAAAUUGGCGUUCUUGUGGCUUCCUUACCAGCGGCACAUCAAGAGGUUUUACAAAAGUACUGCGCCCAGAGUGGAGUGCAGAUCGCUUAAAAUGGAUAUGGCCUCGCUUUUAAUUGUCUAUCAGUACUAUAUUGUAUACCUUCUUUUGUUUCGAGCCAGCUGCAUUGAGAAUAUUAGGUAUUAUAAGUAGUAGUCUAAGCAAACCCUGAAUAAAGCUUCUAUGUGUUAAUUUUUUAA